UCCACAAAUCAGCAUCAAAUGUGGAAUUUGGUUUUGUGUAUAUAUUAACAUUUUAUAAGCCCUACAAUGUGUGGAACCUUAAAUUAAUACUAGACGACCCACAUUCAACUGCAACCAGCACUCUACAAGAUAUUCUAUUCAAUUCAAUAUCAUCAGCUACCUCGCUGCUUCUUCUUCGGAUCUUGAAAUUUCAGAUCUGCUCUAUCGCUAGCCAAGUAGCUAAGCCAGAGACUGUCAGAACCCAAAACCAGAUUAAAAAAUGGUGACUGAAAACAAGCACUUUUCCUCCAAGAUUGUCACCAAGGAAUCAUCCGCGGCCAACGCUUCUUGCAGGGUUUACUAUGGAGAAGCUGGUGCUAUCCCAUUCAUGUGGGAGUCACAGCCGGGUACACCGAAGCACAAGUUUUCGCACUCGUCUCUUCCUCCUCUCACACCCCCACCUUCCUAUUCCACUACCCCACCCAGCAAAAAACAUAUCCAGCAAAACCCUAGCUCCAAAGCAAAGUUUUUGGGCACCAUUUUCCCAAGGCUUAGGAAAAUGGUCAAGGCACAUAACAUGUUAUCACCAUUACCAUCUCCAUCGUUGUCAUCGGCAUCAUCAUCUUCGUCGGCAUCAUACUCAUAUUCAUUAUCAUCAUCAUCAUCAAAUUCUUCAUCAGGUUUGAGAACCAAAAAGGGUAGAAAAAAUCGAUGUUUUUCGGUUUCGAGGAUGCCAUUAGAGAAUAAUUACGAGGAAGAUUAUUAUUAUGAUAAUCAUCAUCGAAAUUCUGGAUCACCUACUUCAGCUUUAUGCUCUGGUGGCAAACGCAAAGGUACGAUUUCUACUAAUUUUCAUGGGAUGCGAGGCUGCUAUUCAGUGAGGAAAAUAAAAUUUGCAUGUCUGUCCAUUGUAAAACCAUGAAUCUGGCCGAGGUGCUGCUGCUUAAUUAGAAAUUUCUGUGGUCGUGUUAAUUAAAUCUUUUUUAUUUUUGGGUUUUGCACUAGAAUUUUAAUUAAUUCCAGAAGUGUAAGUGGGCAUGCAGUGUGUGGACUACCAAUGACAAGAACAUGUGGAGGGUUCCAUAUUUGAUGUCAUAUCUCAUGAUCAAUAUUCCAACAUAAUGCAUUUGAAAUUCAGUUUUCUA